GCUUCUCGCAAGAGCUGUUCACCCUCGUAGGUAUCUGCCAUCUGGGCAGCCAUGAGUGGCAUCAAUCAGCCUGACAGGAAUGAUGUGUGGAUUCUCGAUGAAAAUGAUAAGCCUUUGACUAUCACAGAGGAUCCAAAGAUCCCAAACGCUGCUACUAUUAUGAUGAAGAAGCAGGAUCAUACUAUGGGGAACAUGAUCCGAGCCCAACUUCUCCUCGACCCUUCUGUUCUCUUUGCCGGCUACAAAGUCCCUCAUCCUCUCGAAAACGACAUUCUCAUCAAAAUCCAGACCGACGAGAGGUCCAACCCUGCCGAUGCUCUGAAAAGAGCCUGUACCCUUCUCAUCCAGCAAUUGACCGAAGUCAAAAGACAAUUCUCUCAACAGGCUCAACGGAUAGAAAUGGGUCUUGCCCCUGAAAACAUUGCACCCCUCGCUUCGCAAACCGGGGCAGGUGUGGGAGCAGCGGCAUACGAUCCUUAUGGAGAUGGAAUGGGGAUGGGCGGGGCGACGCAGGGUCAAGACGUGUAUGAUUUUUGAUUUGGGACGUAACAUUCUGUUGUAUGCAUUUUCUAUUUUUGGGAUUGAGAUCGGUCAUGAAUUCUUCAAUUCCCGCUUCCCCGUGCCCGAUCUGAAAUGGAUGCUGAUCUUCCACUUCCUCUUUGACAGUAGGAAGAAUCAUGAGGCGAUGAGAUUAAGGUCCUGAGCUAACCAAAAGAUAUGUUUCCGGAUUC